AUGGUGCAGCUCGGGGGCGGCGGCCGAGCCCCACCGCCGGCCCCGGCCGCGCCGCCGGCCUUCAGCAUCGACAGCAUCCUGCAGCCCGGCCCCCGCCGCCCGGCCCGGGAGCAGGGCAGAGCCCGCUGCGCGCUGCCGGAGGAGGAGGAGGAGGAAGAGGGGCCUGCGGAGCAAGACCCCAGUAAAGGCUCCAGCAACUCGGGCAGCGAGCCCCGCCGGCUCCGGGCGGAGGGGACGAGCCGAGGCCUCCGCCCGGAGGCCGAGGGUGGCGGCAGCGGUGUGGGCUCCCCGCUCCCCGCGGAGGGGCUGCGCGGCCCCCGGCAGCCGCCGCAGCGGGAGGCCGGGGGCUGCGGCGGGGAGAGCGGCAGGUCGCCGGCGGCGGGCGGCAGGAAGAAGACGCGGACCAUCUUCUCCAAGAGCCAGGUCUUCCAGCUGGAGUCCACCUUCGACGUGAAGCGCUACCUGAGCAGCGCCGAGCGGGCCGGGCUGGCCGCCGCGCUGCACCUCACCGAGACCCAGGUGAAGAUCUGGUUCCAGAACCGCCGCAACAAGCUCAAGAGACAGAUGUCGGCCGAGCCCGAGGGCCCGGGCCCGGGGCCGGCGGAGCCCUCCGGGGAGCCGCCGCCCACCGCCGCCUCCGCGGCUCUCUCCUUCCCGGCCCUUUACAAGGACAGCACCGUGCUCAGCCGCUGCUUGCUGCCGCUGCCCUUCCCCCUGCUCUACCCGGGCAGCGCCAUCCCCUACCUCUGCCUCCCCGGGCCGGGCAAACACUUCAGCCUGGUGGACGGGGACGUAUAG